CGAAGACAUUUCUGCUGGAGAUUCCUCAGACGAUUCCGCCAUCUCCGACUGCACCGUCCAUUCGAUUGAUCCACGACCAUACCUACCCAGGAGGACUGCUUCGCCCACCCCCAUUAUCCCCCAAAGAUCGAAGAUGACAACCACACCACCAGCAUCACCGCCCCCGCCACCGAGCACGGCACCCGUCCUCUCCACCCCCGACGACCACGCCUUCCAAGCCUCCUUCGUCGAUGCUCCCUCAGUGCUCUCUCACACCCACCUCAGCGACGAUGAUUUCCGCGCAAUGUAUGAGAUCCCGCGCACGAUCUCUGAAAUUCUCGCAGGCGACUACCAGCGCAUCGCGCUACAAUUCCCCGAUGAGCGUUUGAAGGACAGUGCGCGUGUGUACUCCAUGUUGCAUCAGGCUGUCAACAUCACCACUUCCGAAGAAGGGAAAGAAGAGCGGAAAAUCUACAUCCUCGCCGACACCUCAUAUUCGGCCUGUUGCGUCGACGAGAUUGCCGCCGAACAUGCCUCCGCCGAUGUUCUCGUGCAUUACGGAAGAUCGUGUCUUUCUCCGACCAUGCGCCUACCGGUGAUCUACGUCUUCACGAGCAAUCCGCUGGAUAUUCUACUUGCAGUCGAGGGGUUUAGAAAGACGUACACCGAGCUGGAUGCGAAGAUCCUGCUGGUGGCGGAUGUUACCUACGCCUCCCACACCGCGCCGCUGUAUUCCGCGCUGAAGGAGCUGGGCUACACCAACCUCUUCACGACGGAGAUAAUCCACAGGCCCGCAUCGCUCCUUCCCAACCGGACACUACCCUCCGACUGCGAUAGUGAGGACAAAAUCCGAGACUGGUCACUCUUCCACAUCUCCUCGCCCCUCCCCUCCCUCCUCCUUAUCCUCUCCUCGCGCGUCCAGCAAAUCCACUACCUCGACCCCAGUACCCACAUCGUGCACAGCACGCUCUCCUCCGCGCUCCUCCGCCGCCGCUACGCCCUCCUCUCGCACGCCAAAUCCGCCGGCAUAAUCGGCAUCCUGAUCAACACGCUAAACAUCACACACUACCUUCCUAUGAUCUCGCACCUGAAAUCGCAGAUCCGCGCGGCCGGUAGGAAGAGCUAUCUUGUGGUCGUAGGCAAGGUGAACGUGGAGAAGGUCGCGAAUUUCUCCGAGAUAGAGGUGUGGGUCGGUAUUGGAUGCUGGGAGCAGGGUGUUGUGGGCGGUGUCGAGGGUAGAGACUGGUAUAGACCUGUAAUCACGCCGUGGGAGCUGGGAAUCGCGCUUGGCGAGAGGGAGUGGACGGGUGGGUGGGUGGCGGAUUUUGCGGAGGUUCUGAGGAUUGAUACAGAGCGGAUGGAAGGGGAGGAGAGUAAGCGGGAGGAAGAGGGGGUGCAAGAAGAGGAAGAAGAGGAGGAUAGUGAUGAAGACGCACCCCCGGAAUAUGACCUGCGGACAGGCCGGUACAUUUCUACUGCAUGGCCACUGGGGCGAACCACUAAGUCUUCUUCAACACAAGCCACAAAAGCGGAGAAAACAUCAUCUGCGCUGACUACUACGUCAAAUCGCCAGAAGGAGCUGGUUGCGGCUGGAGGUGUGAUCUCUCCUGCUGCGAUGUUCCUGAGGGAUAAGCGGACGUGGCAGGGCCUGGGGAGUGAUCUGGAGGCGCCCGAAGAUGGUGGGGCGCUCGUUGAGGAGGGGAGGAGUGGUGUCGCUCGGGGAUAUGUGGUCGGCAAGGAAGGAGAGAGACAUUAGAGUAGCUUUGUUUAUAUUAUCGGGUUUCUGGGGAAAGACUGGCUGUGGUGGAACUGCAAUGGUGUUGCUGGGCUCAGGUAUCUCCGGAUGAUUUCCAGCCCACUGCGCACCACCUUCAGCGGGUUGGCAUUACAAUGACACAAAAAAGGUAUAUUACAACAGUCUUAUUCCUACUUCUUCGGCUUUCCUUUUCCACUCGGCUUUUUCUCGUCCCCCUUCUCUCCCUUGAACUUCGCUCUCUC